UUGUAACAUAGCCUUUUCUUGAACGCGCGGUAACUUUUGCUGGUUUGGUAUUAGCAGCAGGAAAGUCUGUCGGACGCGUUAUACACCGCUGGGUACUUGUUUUGUGGGAUCCAUGGGUUUGUUACAGCAAUGUGUAGAACUCUACAACACCUCCAACCUUUAUGAGGUGCUUGGUGUGGCGAAGGAGGCGUCAGAUGCAGAGCUGCGACGUGGUUAUUAUAAACUCUCCCUGGAAGUUCACCCAGACAGAGCACCUGGCGAUCAGCAGGCCACCAUCAAGUUUCAGGUACUAGGAAAAGUCUAUGCUGUGUUGAGUAACAAGGACCAAAGAGCUGUGUAUGAUGAGCAAGGUGAAAUAGAUGAAGAGUUGGAUUCACUCAACCAUGACCGCAACUGGGAAGAACAUUGGAGAAGGCUGUUUCCAAAGAUAACUUUGCAGGACAUAAUUGACUUUGAGAAGCAGUAUAAGGACUCUGAGGAAGAGAAGCAGGACCUAAAGAGGCUGUACCUACUGCAUGAGGGAGACAUGGAUCGCAUUAUGGAGUCAGCACUGUGCAGUAGUCAUGAGGACGAGCCUCGCGUGCGGGACAUUCUGCGGCAAGCCGUAGAUGCUAAAGACGUGCCAGCCUACAGAGCCUUUACUCAUGAAGGUGCCAAGAAAAAGGCCACACGCAGGAGGAAGGCAGAGAAGGAGCACAAAGAGGCUGAGGAGCUCCAAAGAGAGAUGGGUCUGAAUACAGAGGACAGCCUAGUGGCCAUGAUCCAGCAAAGACAGAAGUCCAAAGAAAAAGAUUUUAACUCUCUCAUCUCAGACUUGGAGGCGAAGUACUGCAAGAAGUCUUCUAAGGGGAAAAAGGCAAAGAAAAACUGACAUUUUAUAUUGCAAAUAUCAAACAGGGAGUAGCUUGUAUUGACUUGUUUUUUUCACCUCACUGUCUUCCUCACUUUGCAAAUUGUAACCAUCUUCUAGCGCCCAAAAUUUCAUGAUUUGGAACUGACUUACCGUAGCAGCAAAGCCUAGAGGAAGGCAGUGACUGUAUUCUAGUUCUAUGUUUUUCUUCAGUUACUGUUGCACCAGUGCCAUACUGCAUAUCUGUAUCAGACCAAUAUAAGCAAUACAUGGAAUCCACCACUGACUCAUUUAUGCUAGGUAUGUUUAUAUAGGCUGUGAACACAGACUCAACUGAUGUUAACUAACAUAAUUUGACUAUUAAUGUAAUUGUUCUAAAUCAGGCCUGCAAUAUUUUAUGUUCCUUAGCAACAGUAGCUUGUAGAAAGCAUGCUCUGUUACUGUGAGGGUUUCCAUAUUCGAUAAUUAGAGCUCUGAUCUUGAUCUAGUCAGACAAGGAAUGCAUGGUAUUCCUGGUGUACCUCUAGUUUUCGGUCAGCAAUUUUUAAAUUCACUUUUUGUGGCACUUUUAUGUAUAUUGUUUUGGAUAAAGUAAAAAUGUAAUAAACAUUCCUUUUUUUUCAUCAGAA